GGGAGCAAGAGAGAAAAUUAAAGGGCGGCGUUGUGGUCUGUGGUACCAUACACAGAGAGCAUUGAUAAUAACUACCCAAUAAGGAAGCUUGGGGAAGUAUCAGAGAUUGCAGAGCAGUUGCAGGGAGGGCCUAUGGACUCCUGAAUAAAUGUUUCCCUUGUUUCUCUUACAGGAGAAAAGCCAUUGUCAUGCAUUGGACCAGAUGAUCCCCUCACACCUGUCCUGCUAAACUUUCUCUCGCUCUCUCUCUCUCUCUCAACUCCUUUUCUUCAUCUUCUUUACUUCUGAUAUUAUUGGUUUUGUUCACUGGGUAUACAUCUUCUUCUUCUUCUCCGGAGACUGGGAAACAGAGCAAGCAUUGAGGAGCAGAGCAAGAUAAAAUGCCCAACUUGUAUCUUCGAAGUAGCAGCUUAAAAAGGCUGUUCUCGAUUGGCCGUCGCAGUAGCUUUGAAGAGGAAGAUGUUUUGAAGGAAACUAGCACUACCCGGCAUGAUCUCAAAGCAACCAAAGAAAUCGACUCCAUUUCGCCAGUAGCAGAGCCAUCUCCGAGACCCGCUUGGAAAUGCUUCUCUUAUGCUGAGAUUUUUGAAGCAACCGAUGGGUUUAAAGCAGAGAAUCUGGUUGGGAAAGGUGGGUAUGCAGAGGUUUACAAGGGAAUACUGGAAGGUGGACAAGAAAUCGCUGUAAAAAGGCUAAUCAAAGCUUGUACGGAAGAACAGAAAGAGAAGGAGUUCUUAACAGAGCUUGGAACAAUCGGACAUGUUCAUCAUCCAAACGUUACUUCCUUGUUAGGUUGUUGUAUCGAUAGGGACCUUCAUCUCAUCUUUGAGUUCUCUUCAUUAGGCUCUGUUGCUUCUCUUCUCCACGGUGAGAAAUCGCCAAUAAUGGCUUGGAAAAUAAGGUACAAAAUUGCUAUUGGAACAGCACAUGGACUUCAUUACUUGCACAAAGGCUGCCAGAGAAGGAUAAUUCACAGGGACAUUAAAGCUUCUAAUAUUCUACUGACAACAGAUUUUGAACCACAGAUAUCUGAUUUUGGUUUGGCAAAAUGGCUCCCUUCUCAAUGGUCUCAUCACUCAGUCAUCCCCAUUGAAGGGACAUUUGGGUACUUGGCACCUGAAUACUUUAUGCAUGGAAUUGUUGAUGAGAAGACAGAUGUGUUUGCCUUUGGAGUCUUUCUACUGGAGAUCAUCUCUGGCCGGAAACCAGUUGAUGGCUCGCAUCAUAGCUUGCUUAACUGGGUAAAGCCUAUCUUAAAUGAUGGGGUGAUAGAAGAGUUGGUAGAUCCAAGGCUUGGAGGGGAUUAUGAUGCCACUCAGCUUAAGAGGCUGGCUUUCGCAGCUUCCCUCUGUAUUCGAACAUCAGCUUCAUGGCGGCCAACAAUGACUGAGGUCUUGGAGGAAAUGAUGAAUGGAGAGAUGGACAAAGACAAAUGGAAAAUGCCAGAGGAAGUAGAGGAAGGGUUCUGGGGUUUCGAGGAACUGGAAUGCGAAUGUGACAGUACCUUCUCAACCUCCCCUUUGGACUCAAUGUCGAUCUGAAGCUCACAGAGCUGGACAAUUAAGAUAAGUAACAUGGGAAUGAACCUAAACCUACCUUCCUCAACAUGUAUACCUACAAUUGCAUAUAUAGGUGUAUAUACAAGGAUUAAGAAGAUAACAUUGUCAGACCAAUUAAGUUUUUCUGUCUUUUCAUUAGAAAACUCUUGAGAAUGUACAGUGUAAUUGGUGAUUAGUUUCCAUUAAAGUUGGUGCAAUUUCUAUGCCUC